UGUCAGCAAAAACACUGUGCAUGGUUACAGUGAAUGUUAUCACUGGGUAAAUUAUAACUUAUACUGGCUAUGUAGCAUGUAUCAGUUAAUAUCAGUGAUUGCUGGCAAUGAAGGCAUGAGCGAAUGGCUAAAUCAUCCUAAAUGUUCCCACAUAGAUUCCUAGCAUGUCGCACGCUUGACUUCUUCCAACAAGUAAACUUUGCAGGUUUUCUUAACUGAUGUAAAUAAUAAUGUAUAAGACAUGUCCAAAACACGCGAUACAAAUAUCUUGUUCUACUUCAAUGACCAAUGUAGUAUCAACUCAGUGAACUUAAAAAAACGAGGAUAAUAUUCACUAUAAAGAGACUACCCUUAAUUCCUUGGAAGAAAUACGGAAGACUUUGGUUGGAUGAAAUAACUAAAUGCAAAGAUUAGAUGACAGAGAGUCCUGUUCAUAAACAAGACAUAGAAGCUGAGGAUACGGUAUUUUUAUGGCAUAAUUUUCUUCAGACUUUAUCACUUCAUGGCUUUCAUCAAGUUUUUGAACGUGGCAGUGCUAAGAUUCGACGUAUUUUAUGGUUGAUUAUUCUUAUUGCCGCCUUAGUAAUGGUCUGUGUUCAUAGUGAACGUAGUAUAAGAAAAUACUUUGAACGACCCGUAUCAACUAAUGUACAUGUUGAGUUUGUUGAGGAAAUUAUAUUUCCAGCCGUUACAAUUUGUAACUUUAAUUUAUUUCCAUUCUACCUCAUUAAUGGAACUGUUGGGGAAAAGAUAAUGUCUAUCCUGGCUCCGCAAAAGCACAUUGACAGACAGGAUGAUGUAUUAUUUGCAAGAUCACCAAUACCAAACUUUAAUCAAUAUAAAAGAUCACUUCUCUUGAAAGAUGAUGGCAAUGAUACCGUGGAAGAUAUCGACACGGACAUUGAUGUAGUUGAUUCGAAAUGGGAUUUUGAUCAGACUUUUAAUUUUGCUGAAUUUGUCAAAACUCACGGACAUAGGAUAGAUCACAUGAUCAAGAAGUGUCGAUGGAGAUCAGAAAAAUGUGGUCCCGAAAACUUUACAGCGGUUAUAACGGAAUUCGGAUUGUGUUACACAUUUAAUUCAGGAAAAACGAGUCAUCGGGUUCUUAAAGUGAACAGAGCGGGAGUUGACUUUGCUUUAAGACUUCAAUUAAAUGUCCAACAAGACCAAUAUUACGGAUCAUUACGAGAUUCUGCUGGUUUCAAAGUAAUGGUUCAUGAUCAGGCUGAGCCAGCAAUGAUCAAUGAGUUAGGAUUUGCUAUCCAGCCUGGAACGCAUACAUUUUGUAGUCUGAAGAAAAUUGUCAUAAAUAACUUGCCGAAGCCAUACAGGGCGUCCUGUGAAGAUCUAAAAUUACGUGGAUUUUCCAAAUAUACGAAGUCUGCAUGUCUUCUCUUAUGUCGGGCACGAUUUAUCAUAAGUAGAUGCAGGUGUAGUUCAUACGACCUUCGUGGAUUGGAAACAAAUGUUCCCCCAUGUUUGCCUCAACAAGUUAAAAACUGUGUCUGGCCUGCAAUGGAGGAGUUUCGUAACGAAACAAAUAAUUGCAGAUGCCCAAUUCCGUGCCAUAUUACAAAGUUCUUGACUCAACUCUCCUAUGCGCAAAUGCCAGCGAAACACUUCUCUGAAGUUCUCGCAAGAAAAAGGAAAGUUCCUAAAGAUGUGAUGAGGAAUUAUUUAAGGGAUAAUUUUUUAGAUGUGGAUAUUUAUUUUGAGGAAAUGAGCGUUGAAGAGAUAACAGAACGUCCUGCGUAUGACGAGGAAAGUCUGUUCGGCGAUAUUGGGGGCCAAGUCGGCUUGUUUCUUGGUGCAAGUAUCUUGACGCUCUUGGAAUUCAUAGAUCUACUUGCCAGAAUUUUGAGCAGAAAAUGUAAAAAAAAAUUAUAUCCGGAACAUACUGCGUAACUACUCAUAAACAACUAUUUCAAACUUAUUUUAAUUCACGAGAUUUGUGAUGCUUAUAUAACUAAGUAAGUAAAUAAUGAUAAUUUAGAACAAUUGUAUAUAAAUGUAAAUUCAUAAAUAAUCU